GUCUUGGUGGGCAAGCAACCUCCAGCCAAUUCCUGGGGCAUUGCCCCAUCCUGCUGGCCUGCAGGUCACCCUGGAGCGGGUGGGGACAUGGGUGCAGUUUGCUGAGUGGCCAAAGGAUGGUGUAAGACAAUGGGCACAGAGAGUGAGAGGCAGUGCCAGUGGGUGAGCAAAGGAGGUUACAGGGAGGAACCUGUCUGCGAGCCAGUGUGUGGGAAGCCAAAGAACCCUCCUGAGCAGAUGCAGCGCAUCGUCGGGGGCCUGCUGGCCAGGAAGGGCAACUUCCCCUGGCAGGGCCGGCUGGUGACCCGCCACAACCUCAUCGCGGGGGCCACGCUUAUUAGUGACCAGUGGCUGCUGACCACGGGCAGGAACGUCUACCUGAACCACAGAGAGGGAGACUCACAGAGACCCACAUGGGGGGAGAGGAGAACCCAAGAGACACCCCCAUGGAGGAGAGACCCUAAAGACACCUACACCGAAGUGGGAGACCACCAGAGACAUCCACACUGGCCAGAACAGAGAUGCCGACAGAGACCCACAUAGGGGGAAGAGACCCACACAGCGUAGAGAGACCCCCACAAACACCCACCCUGAGGGGAGACACCCACACAGGGCAAGGACUAGAGACCUCCGCAGACCCUCACAGACACCCACACGGGGGAAGGAGAGACACCCCCCCCACACACC